AUGAGGGCUCCUUCUCCCGCAGCUCUGACCGGCCUGGGCGGGGUCACCGGGCUGGGCCCGAGUGGCCGCGUGCGCCGAGCCGCCGCGCCGUCGGAGCAGCGCUGCGCGCCCCGCGCCGCCAGCGCCCCGCUGCUUUGUGGCCGCCGCUCCCCCGCACCUGCCCUGCCCCUGCCGCUCGCGCCCCCCGAGCCCCCGCAGCCUCCUCGCCAGCUCCCUAGCCGUGCCUCCCGAGGUGCCAUGUGGAGACCGCGGGAAGGACGUGCAGCCGGCCGAGCCCUGGUCCUGGCCGCUCUGUGGCUGACCGUGACUGGGCGCCCCCUGGCCCGGCGAUCCCUGGCCCUGUCCGACGAUGAAGGGCCGCUCGUUCUCUACGGCUGGGGCAAGGUCACCCGCCUGCAGCACCUGUAUGCCGCCGGUCCCCACCUCUCCAACUGCUUCCUGUAUAUCCGGAGCGACGGCUCCGUGGGCUGCGAGGAUGACCACAAUAAACGGAGUUUGUUAGAGUUCCGCGCGGUCGCUCUGAAGACGAUUGCCAUCAAGGACGUCAACAGCGUACGGUACCUCUGCAUGGGCCCGGACGGCAAGAUCCGGGGGCAGACUCAUUACUCGGAGGAGGACUGUAGCUUCAGGGAGGAACUGGACUGUUUAGGCUUCAACCAGUACGAAUCUCCGAAGCACCACCUCCACAUAAUCCUCAUCAGGGCCAAGGCCAGGCAACAGCUCCGGGACCAGAAGCCCUCCAACUUUCUCCCCGUGUUCCCGCGCUCCUUCCUGGAAGCCAAGGAGCAGCUGGAGUCGGAGGUGCUCCCUCAGUCCAUGGAGAGCGACAGCAUGGAUCCGUUUGGGAUGGUGGAGGACGGAGAAGUGGUCAAGAGUCCCAGCUUCCAGAAGUAA